CCUCUUUCUGUCUCUCUUCAGCCAAUGAGAAGAUUGGAGAUAUCAAUGGCUGUCCCAAGAGCCGUUCUCAGAUGAUUGAGAACAUCGAUGCCUGCCUCAGUUUCCUGGCAGCCAAAGGAGUCAACAUCCAGGGUCUGUCUUCAGAGGAGAUUCGUAAUGGUAAUCUGAAAGCCAUCCUCGGCCUCUUCUUCAGCUUGUCCCGCUACAAACAGCAGCAGCAGCAGGCCCAGCGGCAGAACUCCCAGCCCUCUCUCCCACCCACCGCUCAGUCCCAGAGCACACACCCUCCGCUGAGCCAGCAGAGCAGCGCCCCGGCCCAGCUCAGCCACUCUACGCAUGGGACUCCUGCCCCUUCAGCCCAGAAAGCAGCACAGGCCGAGAUGCAGUCCAGACUUCCCGGCCCCUCAGCGAGGGUGUCCACUGCCGGCAGUGACAUCCCUCCACGAGGCUCUGCGGUCAGUGCUGCUGGGAACAGACGCAGCCAGGGCUUCAGUGACAAGACCAAAGCCAACUCGCACCUGAACAAAGAUUCCUCAGAGGGCAUGACCUCACAGCCUUCGGUGAUGACUGAGCAUGCUCCGUCAUCUGCAGUGACCGUCAGCUCCUCCACCAGCAUCCCCGCUGCUACCUCCGCCCAGAAUCCUCCUCCAUCUUCCUCCUCUUCAUCCACGGCCAUUCCCCAGCCAAAUAGCAACAGCAAGCCCUGGAGGAGCAAGUCCAUGAGCUCCAAGCACAUCUCUCCUGCUCCCUCCUCCACCAGCAUCCCCGCGUCUGCCAUGCAGCCCGCCAAGCAGGAGAAGGACGUCUCCUGUAAGGCUGCCCCGGCAACUGAAGCUCCUCCGAAGGUUGUUGCUCAAAAGUCAAUGCUGGAGAAGCUGAAGCUCUUCAACAGUAAAGGAGGCUCCAAAUCUUCUGCCUCCUCCAACGGAGUAGGGGCCCAAACUGACAACGCUGCCCCAGCCAGGCAGCUCACAGUGGUGCAGGUGGAGAGAGCGGAGACUGGCUCCAACACCGACCCCCUGGAGGAAGACGAUGGCAACGUCCGGCCGGGAAUGAACGGGACCAGCAACGGGACAGCCUACGGAGCAGCUCCCACAGCAGGUACGACUGUGUCCACAACUGCCAGCAGCCCCAAAAUCGCUCUGAGGGGCAUCGCCCAGCGCACUUUCAGCAGAGCUUUGACUGCCAAGAAGGGCUCUGUCAAAAGCACAGAGAAGUACAAGGACAAGGAGAGGGGGAAGGAGAAAGGGAAGGAGGUGGGGAAACGCAUCUCGGUCCCUGACAGGACAGAGCUCAAGGGGGACGAGCUUAAGGAGGAAAUAGCACCUGUUGUCGACACAGACAACUCGAACAAAAGGACCUCUAAAAUCACCAGCUUCAUUCCCAAGGGGGGUAAAGUGGCCAAAAAGGAGAGCUCCACGCCUGCACACAGCGGAAUACCAAAGCCAGGAGGCAAAGUCCCGGGAGUCGCGGGGAAAGCCUCCUCAGUGAAGGAGUCGGGGGAGAGGCCUCGAAGCAUGCGGUUAGGAGGAGGUCUCGCCAUGCACCGGGGCCCUCUGGACAGAGACAGGGACAGCAGACACUCCAGCUCCACCUCCAGCCUGGCCUCCACAGAGGGGAAGAGCAGCGCCUCCCCUGUGGCCGGAGGCACCACACAGAGCACAGCCAGCAACACCAUCAGCGUGCAGCUACCUCAGACCCAACAGCACCACAGCCACCCCAACACGGCCACCGUCGCACCUUUCAUGUACAGAUCCCAAACAGAGGGCGAGGGAACGGCGAACACUGAGAGCGGCUCAGGAGGAAGAGGUGGAGACGUUUCCUUCACUAAGACCAGCCAGCUCUCCAUCGAGGACCUCUCAGGUGAAGACCCAGAGACGAGGCGGUUGCGUACUGUAAAAAACAUAGCAGACCUGCGGCAAAAUCUGGAGGAGACCAUGUCCAGCUUGCGAGGAACUCAGGUCACACACAGCACCUUGGAAACCACCUUUGACGGCAGCGUCACCACAGACAUCAGCAGCGGCGGAGGUGGCGGUGGUGGCAGCAACAACAGCAGCGGAGGGGGUCGGAGCAUCCUCAGCAUCACUUCUACCCGCCCCUCCCUGUCGUCAUGGCGACUGGGCCAGUCCAGCCCUCGUCUGCAGGCGGGCGAUGCACCCUCUAUGGGGAACAGUUAUGGCGGCCGGGUGGGCGGCGGACAGGGAGGACGCUACCUGUACCCUGGGCACCUCCGGAGGCAGCUGGCUGGCAGGGGAGGGGCCCUCUGCAGCGUGGACCUUGGAGACAGAGCCGGGGAGGACAUUGACCUGGAGGGCAUCGCCGUGGACGUCACUGGAUACAUGAGCGAUGGAGACGUGCUGAGCAAGAAUGCUGCGCGCACGGAUGAUGUUGGUAGUGGCUAUAUGACUGACGGAGGUCUGGGUCUGUACACGCGGCGCCUGAACCGCCUGCCCGACAGCAUGGCCGCCGUCCGAGAGACGCUUCAUCGAAACACAUCGUCAGGACAGGGAGAUGCUGACAGCUGGGAUGACAGCAGCUCUGUGAGCAGUGGCAUUAGUGACAACAUCGACACAGAUGACAUCAACACCAGCUCCUCCAUUUCCUCCUACGCCAACACACCCGCUGCACAGCGCAAGGGUCUCAACACACAGCCUGUGACGGAUGCAGAGAAGCACUCGGCCUCCACGGCGGUGCACCAGGCCUGGUCAGGAGACGAGGUGAAGAGGCCAGACGGCGGGUCAGACAGUGGGGUCAAGAUGGAGCCGGGCUCCAAGUGGAGCCGCCGGAACCCCUCCGACAUCUCUGACGAGUCCGACAAGGGCGGCUCGGGGAGAAAGACCCCCUCGGUGUCCCACACGGGCUCCUGGAGGAGAGGAAUGAGCACUCAGGUGGGGGUGACGUCCCCCAGGACUAAAAGCACCAGUAGCACAGGAUCCACGAGCUCCACUGGACUCAAGACCCACAGUUCAGGUAAGACAGAUGACGUCAAGGUGUCAGAGAAGGGUCGCCUCUCUCCUCGUUCCAACGGCCUUCACCGCUCGCCCUCAGACGCAGGACGCAGUAGCGGCGAUGAGGCAAAGAAACAGUCGAUCCCCACCAGCCGCACACCGACGACAAACGCCCUCACACACACUGUUUCAGACCCUCACUCCCAGACACACACACUCACCUCUCGCACCCCUACCAGCACCUUCGGCUUCAAGAAGCAGGGCCAUGGGAUGGUAACUAUGGUUACUGCCAGCGGCGCCACCAUCACAAGUGGCUCUGCCACCCUGGGGAAAAUGCCCAAAUCUGGAGCACGCUCGCUGGCAGGAGGGCUGAAGGCUGGCGGGCAGGAUGGUGGGUCAGCGCUGGGUCACCAUGAUGACGGCUUCCUGCCCAUGAGCGCCCGCUCCACACUGCAGUACCGCAGUCUGCCGAGACCCAGCCGCUCUGGAGCAGCUGCCCGCAACGGAAACCGGUCCUCCACCAGCAGCAUCGAGGCCGCCGUGCUCUCCGUCACGUCUCACGGGAAAAACUCAAUGAGCUUGACCAAAGCCAAUGGCUCGGGAGUCACGCUGGCCAAUCAGACAGAUCGGGAGAAGGGCGUCUCGGAGAUUGAUAACCUGAGGAGCGGAGUCGUGAUGCAGAGUGGAGGAUCAGCGACGGUCCCUCUGACAGGAAGACAGCAGGUUUCUUCACCUACACUGCGCAGGUUGUUUGGUGGGAAGCCCAGUAAACAAGCUCCGGUCACUACGGCUGAAAACAUGAAGAACUCCACUGUCAUCUCCAACCCUCACGCCACCAUGAACCAUGUGGGCACGGUGCUGGAGUCCCCCGACGGAGGGCUGGGGGGCGUGGACAGCGAGACCAGCAGCCCCCUGUUUGGAGGCAGAGCACAGGGGUUAGGGAUGGGGACGCUGGGCAGCGAGCAGGCCUCGAGUCCUGGCUCAGUCUACUCCACCGGACCCUCCAACAGCCUGACAUGGGGCACCACCUUCAGCAGCUCCUCCGCCCAGAGCAGAGAGAGCACACUGGGCGGCCACGGCGGGACGGGCAGCAUGGGAUACCCCUCUGUCAGCAGCAUGCACACCAGCAGUGAGUCUAUUGACAUGAGCCUGGGCAGCGCCGGCCACGGGACCCACAGGGAGGACACCCUGUCCGCUCUGGGACGCACCGGCAGCGUCAAGACCGGCAUGUCUGAGAGCGGGACACACUGUGGUAGAAACACUCUGCCCAAGAAGGGACUCAGGUAUGGCCCGUCUCCACAGCUUCGAGGCCACGAGGAGGCCCGUGAUUGGCUGCGUUCACACUCUACCAGCGGGCUGCAGGAAUCAGCCAGUAACUCCCCGUUCUCCCCCAGCUCCAGCCUCACCUCCCCCUCUGGCACUCGCUUCAACUUUGGACAGCUCGCAUCCAGCCCGACCUCGGCAGGUCAGAUCAACCUUGCCGGUCUGCGCAACAACAGUCUGACCAAUCAGGACGUCUCCUUUGACCCCUGCAGCGACAACCGUUUGAGAAACUCCUGCAUGUCGCUUGACGAGAAGACUCGCACCAUGAGCAGGUCGGGCUCCUUCAGGGACGGCUUCGAGGAAGUUCAUGGAUCAUCCCUGUCUCUGGUCUCCAGCACCUCCUCCAUUUACUCCACGAAUGAGGAGAAGUCUCAGUCGGAGAUCCGCAAGCUGCGUAGGGAGCUGGACGCCUCCCAGGAAAAGGUUUCCGCCCUGACGACACAGCUGAGUGCCAACGCUCACCUGGUGGCAGCGUUUGAACAGAGUCUGGGCAACAUGACCAUCAGACUGAAGAGUCUCACCUUGACGGCAGAGCAGAAGGACUCUGAGCUGAAUGAGUUGAGAAAAACCAUCGAGCUGCUGAAGAAGCAGAACGCUGUGGCUCAGGCUGCUAUCAACGGCGUCAUCAACACACCCGAACUGACGCCGAAAGGGGACAGGACAGCCGGCAGUAACGGCAGCUCACAACAGCAGCAGCAGCAGCAGCAGAAUCCGCAGAAUCCGCAGCCGGACCUGCGCAUCAGGAGGCAGCACUCCUCUGACAGUGUCAGCAGCGUCGCCAGCGCAACCAGCCACUCCAGCGUGGGCUCCAACAUGGACAAUGACGCCAAAAACAAGAAAAAGAACAAAAAGAACUGGCUACGAAGCUCCUUCAAACAGGCGUUUAGCAAGAAGAAAUCUCCUAAGUCGGCCUCUUCCCACUCCGACAUUGAGGAGAUGACGGACUCGUCACUGCCGUCCUCCCCUAAGCUGCCCCACAACGGCACCACAGCCUCCAGCCACAUGCUCAGGAACACACACUCCAACUCACUAUUGUCAGAGUGUUUAGACAGCGAGGCGGAGACGGUGAUGCAGCUACGCAGUGAGCUCAGGGAGAAGGAGAUGAAACUGACCGAUAUCCGCCUGGAGGCUCUCAGCUCCGCCCAUCAGCUGGACCAGCUCCGGGAGGCUAUGAACCGCAUGCAGGUGGAGAUUGAGAAGCUGAAGGCGGAGAAUGACCGUCUGAAGGUGGAGAAUCAGGGCAGCAGGAUGGGCUCCCAGGCAUCCAUUUCCUCCUCCCCCCCACCUCACACACACAGCCAGGCCCAGGGAACCGGGCCGGCGCUCUCCCAGCACAGCCUCAACCUCGCCACCAGCGAGUCCACCAGCCUGGACAUGCUGCUGGACGACACCGGUGGAGAGGGAGGGAUGAGAAAGGAGGGCCGACAUGUGAAGAUGGUGGUCAGCCUGGACGGGGACAGCAAGUGGGGAGAGGAGGGCCGGCCGCGACAUUUUCUGAUCGGUUGCAUCGGUGUGAGCGGUAAAACCAAGUGGGACGUCCUGGACGGAGUGGUCCGACGCCUAUUUAAGGAAUACAUCACCCAUGUGGACCCAGUGAGUCAGCUGGGUCUGAGCUCGGACAGCGUGGAGGGAUACAACAUCGGAGAAAUCCACCGGCCCAGCAUCCCCAGCGCCGCACACACACCUGAGCUGCUGCCCUGCGGCUACCUGGUGGGAGACAGCAACACCAUCAACAUUCAGCUCAAAGGUGUGAGCAGCGAGAACGUGGACUCGCUGGUGUUUGACACUCUGAUCCCGAAGCCGAUGCUGCAGCGCUACGUCUCCCUGCUGAAGGAGCACAGACGCGUCAUCCUGUCGGGCCCCAGCGGUACAGGAAAGACCUACCUGGCCAAUCAGCUGUCCCGACACCUGCUGCUGCUGGAGGGCCGACCUCUGACCCCGCACGCCGUCGUCACAUUCAACGUGGACCACAAAUCCAGCAAGGAGUUGCGUCAGUACCUGUCAGGGUUGGCAGAGCAGUGCAGCGGUGUCCCGGGGGUGGACAGCCCUCUGGUGGUCAUUCUGGACAACCUGCACCACGUCAGCUCUCUGGGAGACAUCUUCAACGGCGUCUUCAACUGCAACUACCAGCACUGCCCCUACAUCAUCGGCACCAUGAGCCAAGCCACAUCAUCUGCCCCCAACCUGCAGCUCCACCACAACUUCAGGUGGGUGCUGUGUGCCAACCACAUGGAGCCGGUGAAAGGCUUCCUCGGCCGCUACCUGAGGAGGAAGCUGAUCGAGACGGAGAUCGGCAGCCGCACACGCAACAUGGAGCUGGUGAAGAUCAUCGACUGGAUCCCGCGGGUUUGGCACCACCUCAACCGCUUCCUGGAGACACACAGCUCCUCUGACGUCACCAUCGGACCUCGUCUCUUCCUGUCCUGUCCCAUGGACGUGGAGGGAUCCAGGGUUUGGUUCACUGACCUUUGGAACUACUCCAUCAUCCCCUACAUGCUGGAGGCCGUACGAGAGGGACUGCAGCUGUAUGGUCGCAGGGCUGCGUGGGAGGACCCUGCUGCUUGGGUGAUUGACACUUACCCGUGGUCAGCCACACCCACUCCAUCUGAUUGGCCCCCGCUGCUGCAGCUCCGCCCAGAGGAUGUGGGAUUUGAUGGCUAUUCUGCCCCGAGGGAAGGUGUCAGGAAAGAGCCACCACAGAGCGACAGCGAUGCAGACCCACUGAUGAACAUGCUGAUGCGUCUGAAGGAGGCAGCGACGUCAUCGAGCCCGCAGAGCUACGACAGCGACUCCAACAGCAACAGCCACCAGGACGACAUCCUGGACUCGUCGCUGGAGUCGACUUUGUGAUGCCAACACUGAGAUCGGUUUUCAGGAGGAACUGUUCUCACCAGGAGAACUUCUUGUUUAGAGUAUAAUUUAAUGCCACAAAAUCCAGCCACCUUAAUUUGGGUGCAGGUAACCCAAAUAUUUAAAAAUUAAAAGGAUCAAACUGCAUUUCAGAAAAACGGGCAACAAAAGUUUUUACUGCACUGCGCUGUUUUUUUUUCUUUUGUUUGUUUGUUUGUUUGUUUUUCACCGCUGUGGCCCGUGGCUCCUCUCUCAGGAGCCUGACAUCAGACAGACACAAUAAAAGCACACAGCCUGUCACUCUCGGUGAGGCGGCGUCAUUACAUCACCAGCCAUCAGCAUCUUAAACACCAGCCAGGAGUCCGCCAUCCUUAACUGAGCCACAGCAUCAGCUCCAGCUCAUCAGGCUGCGACGCUCCUGCUCCCGUCCAGCCGCAGCGCGUCUGAGCCGCCUGCAGGUGGCGAUACAGACCCUCGUCUCUGGAGUGAGCCUGAGCCACCAGCUGCUGAGAACACAUGGAUGAACAACCAGCAGCUUUCUGCUCUUCCUCCUCCUCUGUGGUGGAAGUUUACGGUGCGAUUGCUGGAGGAUAAAUCGAGCCAAAGUGAAUGCUUAGUCCAACAUCGUGCACCCCAAAAGAUCAUUCAUUUUACAUCCCAAACAGUUUGAUUUGAGUCCUAGUUCCCACAAAAAAACAAGGACUUUCAGGAGGGAAAUGCGUUAACUGGGAACAUUCACCGUGGCUAGAUUUAUCCUUUUAAUGUUUACCAUCGUUAUUCUAUCUGUGUUGUAACUUUCUGCGUGACUUCACAUUUUACACCUCUACGUUCUUGCUUUGACUCACAGUCCUUUGAAAUCUUCAUGCACAUUGGCCCAAACAGGCUGUUGUAGCACAAAUGUCUCUUGGUGCUGGACUGAACUGUAACAAACAAUGCCUUACUCUUUUUCUAAACAGACUAUGUGCAUUAGCCGAUUCUUUAUUUGUCUAAAUGGCUGUAAACCUAACAGGGCUCCGAGUCGACUCCUCUCUCCUCGAGGAGCGGCGUCGACCUCUCAUCAUAUCAAACACCGAUGCCGAGGGAUUGAAUGAGAAGCAGUACUUUGGGUUUUAAACAUUUAAGUUGUAUGCAUGUAUGACCCAGUGCUGUGAAGCUGGUGUAAAUAUUUGGACCACUAGCAAGAAAGAAAAAUAUAUAGAUGUUUGUUUUGGUGCUUGAAAUUUUGCAGGUUGAUUGGGUGAGGGAAGUUUAAGAUGUGCUGAUUUUAUACCUCAUCCCCAUCCUUUAACUGUCAACGCUCAUAGUCUAUGUGAUUUUGUGAUGAACAAAAACUGUCCUAACAAACAUGUUGAUAAUUAAGUGAAAUCUAGUGUAUAUGCUGCUUUGUUUAUAGUGAUAUAAUUCAUCUGAGGUUAAAGGUAUAAAGGUGCUUGUGUUUGAAUGAUUAUGUAAAACGGUUUUGACAUUUCUGUGGCGUAAAAUAUAAAGAAUAUUUGCUUUAAACUUCCUGGCCUGCCUUCUGUGAAGGGCAUGCGGACGUUUAACGCUCAUGUUGUCCAGCACAGCUUCCAGUGCUUUCAGUGUUUUUGAUCCUAUGCAACAUUCAUUCAGAUCUCCAAGCAGAAGCCAAAAGCUGAACAUAUAUUUUGUCGCCCCCGUGUGUGGUUGUCAGCACUGUUGAGACGUACAGUGUAAAACCAGAUCUGUGAGGACUUUUCAGUUUUGUGGCUCAUGUUCUUUGUUCGUGUGUGUGUGUGUGUGUGUGUGUGUGUGUGUGUGUGUGUGUGUGUGUAGUUUAUAGUUUAUAGAGGCUCUCCUGCUAUGGUCCUUGUAAGCACAAAGAGACUAAUUCUCUGUUCGUCUUGCCUGCUCUGAGAUGUGUGGAUGUUGUCGAAGCAUUUGUCUGUCAGUUUCACAAACUCAAUGAAUGUUUAGCCUUCUUUGCUAUGUACAUUUUUUAUAUGUAACAUAACUUUGUAAAUAGUUGAUUAUGUCGCAGCAUUUUGAUGACUUUUUUCUAGCCGAUUUGUUACAGUACUUGAAAAAGGAGUAUUUUGUGUACAGUCUCUUUACAUCAGAGCAGAUUGAUGCAGUUUGUCAUCACUGGUCUGUCCAGGGCUCGGAGAAUUAAAUCUGAUAUCACUGUACUAGUCUUAAGUUAUUGUGAUUCAAUAAAAUUAAUGAUUAUUUAUGAUUGAA